CCUGACAGGUCGGUUGUGAUUUCUGACGCUGGUUUUGGGUCGUCACGCUUGUGUUUUUGAUGCCAUUUCAUCACUUGCCAAUGGCUGCUCACAAAAGGCAUCUAUGAUCAGGAUGUACUAGCCAGUUCGUGUCUGCUGAGGCUCUGACUCAUUGCUAAGCACAGACGUACACUUCACCCUGUCAGUCCAUGGCUGAUCAGCAUGAGUCCAUCGAUCUCAGGUCUCCUCCAGUGGACCCAUCAGCAGCUGCAGGGCACAGCUGGUUCCCUGGACCACCUCCCCCCAUGUAUUCCUGCACCCUGACCCCUGAGCUGGUGGCCAAGGCACGGGAGGAGCUCCAGGAGAAGCCAGAGUGGCGUCUCCGGGAUGUCCAAGCACUGAGAGACAUGAUACUGAAGGAACAGCCCAAUCUCAGGACCAGACUGGACGACACCUUUCUCCUGCGCUUCCUGCGGGCCAGGAAGUUUGACUAUGACCGCGCCCUGCAGCUCCUGCUCAAUUACCACGCAGGCCGUAAGGCUUGGCCAGAGGUGUUCCGGGACCUGAAGCCAUCCACAGUGAAACACGUCCUGGACCUGGGCUUUCUCACGGUCCUGCCACAGCCAGACCCCAACGGAAGAUACAUCCUCUGUCUCCGGCCAGGAAAAUGGAAACCAAAUGAUUAUCCAUUUGUUGACAAUGUGAGGGCCAUUUAUCUGACUCUGGAGAAGCUGAUCCAGCCGGAGGAAACGCAGGUGAACGGUAUUGUCAUCUUAGCCGACUACACCGGAGUGGGCAUGUCACAAGCAUCCAAUCCGGGCCCAUUCCUCGCCAAAAAGGUUGUGAGCAUCCUCCAGGAUGGGUUUCCAAUCCGAAUCAAGGCUGUUAACAUAAUUAACGAGCCCAGGAUUUUCAAAGGCAUCUUUGCUAUAAUUAAGCCUUUUCUGAAGGAGAAGAUGGCAGAGAGGUACAUCCUCCACGGCUCAGACCUGCGCUCCCUGCACCGGAACAUCCCCCGCUCGGUUCUCCCGGAGGAGUACGGCGGCACCGCCGGCCAACUGGACAUGUGCGCCUGGUCGAGGCUGCUGCUGGACUGUGAGGAGGAGUUUAUAGUGGAGUUCUGCCAGCCGGAUCCACUAGAGGGCGUGUUGCUCCCAGACUCCAUGCUGUUUGAAGGGCAGCAGGCCAGCGGGCAGGACGAUGACACCUUCAGGGGGCUGCGCUCUCAGCUUUACUACUGUUACUGAUGCACACUGUAGGUGCAUACACCCCCGUCACUGAGAGGACAUUUUCUGUUUCAUUUGAAACAUGUGUGUAGACUUUUACAGGGCAAGUUGCCAAUAUUACACGAUUUAUUUUACUAACGAAGCAGCACUACUAUAGAUGGAUAGUCUUUUCUAGUUUACACAUAGCCCAGCAUUUAACCAUGGUUCCAAGGCAGCUGCAGGCUCAGGCAAAGAGGUUUUUGACUUGAGCAGAUGCAUGUUUAGUCAUUAUAGGUGUAUUGAAACACAUUUUGCGUGAUGGAACCUUUCCUCCUGUCCAUACUGGCCUUUAAAUGACGCCUUCCUAAAGUGCAUCCAGUGUGGAUGGGGGAUAAAAUCCACUGUCCUCAUUUUGUGUUUAACUGAAGCUGAAAUGAGGCUUCGUCUGUACCAGUCAGACAAAUCAUGUGGGCAUAGGGAAAAACACUGUCCAGGGAAUUUCAUACUACAAACACCAACUUUUGAAGUUUAAAAUACAUUUUUUCCUGGAACACAGACUGUGGAUUUGUCCCCGAUCUCGUCCGGAGGGGAUCUUUAAAUGGCCAGGCUGAACAGGGGGAAUGAUUACAGCAAGCAAAAACUGUUUCAAUGUACAUACGGCCAUGCUAGUACAGUACAGACGGGAAAAUGUGGCCAUUAGUACUCUGUCUGCAUGGUGACAUCGCCCCACCACUCAACUCAAAAAACAGUUUUUGUGUAUGUAAGCACCUGAUACAUUGCCUUAAACUGUAAUCAAUAGAUUUUGCCAUAUAUGAUAAAUCAUGUUGAAUUUGCGUGUACCAAAGCAAUAUUCAAGUGUAUUCUCAUCAGGACUUGCAUAAGAGCGGAUAUACUUCAUUAGAUGGUUUUUGCUGAACAUCUAACUACGCAGCAUUUCAGGCCUUUGUUGAGUUGACGCUUUACUUUCCUCUAGCUUGAAUCUUCUGAGAGGAUUAUUUUUCUAACUUCAGAUAAUCUGCCUUAUGUUUUUUUGUUCAACCUUUUUUGACCUGUUUGCCUGUGUUUCCUCACUCAGUCUUAACACAGGGCCAUUACUGGUCACCGGAGUCACACUGGGAAAAGAUCAUUCAGUCCUCACUGUAUACACAUCUGGUUUGCCAAAUUUUACACCAGGCCAUGUACAAAAAUGUGCAAUAAUGUUGGACCUUUUUUCUCACUGUAGCUGGGAGUUAACUUGAAUUGUUUUCAUUGUCUUUUUUAUUUUUGUUUUAAGCAUGUCUGUGACUAUAAGCUGUGUUGUGUUGCAGGAUAUUUAUCGUCGGUAGUGAAGACAGUAAAGUAAAAUUCAACAG